AUGGGUACCCAGCUCGUCCCGCUGCCGGAAGUGGAGAGACUUAGUGCGUCUGUGAUACGGAUCUUGGGCGGGAAUCCUGGGAAGUUCACACUACAAGGGGAGACGCGUCUAUUGUUCCUCUUUAUGUGUUUCGUUUUGCUGGCGGUGUGGGGGGAAGAAAGAAGACUGUUCGCUUACUAUGCUCCCACAGGCACAAAUACAUAUCUUAUUGGCCGGGGGCACCAGCGGAUACUCGUUGACACGGGCGAGGGCAAACCGUCUUGGGCAAGCCAUCUCAAAGCCGUGCUGCUGGAGGAGAAUGCGACGGUACACAAGGCGCUGCUGACGCACUGGCAUCCGGACCAUGUCAACGGGCUGCCGGAUCUGCUGAAGCUGUGUCCGCAGGUGACGGUCUACAAGAACCAGCCGGAGGAAGGGCAGUUUGAUUUGGAGGAUGGCCAGGUUUUCAGCGUGGAGGGGGCUACGUUGACGGCGUAUCACACACCGGGGCAUACGGUGGACCAUAUGAUGUUUGUUCUUGCCGAGGAGGAUGCUGUGAUUACCGGGGACAAUGUGCUGGGUCACGGGACAGCGGUCUUCGAAGACCUCAAGGAGUAUCUGAGUAGUCUCCAGAGGAUGCAGAACCGGGUCUCUGGGCGCGGAUACCCCGGACACGGCGCGGUGCUUGAGAACGCGACGGCAACGAUCACCGAGUACAUCCAGCACCGUCAGCAGCGCGAAGACGAAGUCCUCCGGGUGCUGCGGUAUGGAAAGCUCGAUGUGCCCGACAACGAACCCUCCCCUGAGCGGAAGGCCCUGUGGACUCCGCUCGAGCUCGUGAGAGUGAUUUAUCGGAAUGUCCCUGAGGGGCUUCACCUACCUGCAUCUCGUGGGAUCCUGCAGGUGCUUCUGAAACUCGAAGCUGAGGGCAAGGUGGUGCGCGAUCCGGCAUCGGGGAAAUGGUGCAUCGAGUCCGGCAAAUCUACCUUGUGA